UCUCUACGAGAGCGAACCGAGAAGCGUGCCCGAACCCGGCGAGCCGGGGAAGAGAACCGCGGCACUCGUUCAGUAGUUUCUCGGACGCCGCACCGGCACCAUCCGACCCUGCGAGAUAACCCCGCGCGCGCACGCGGCCGCGACCCCCUGUGACAAUUGCGGGACCUGACGAGAAAGAGGGAGAGAGAGAGAUUAACGCGUGGUCCGUUCCCUCUGGCCCCUUCCUCCUGCCGCGUCGACGUGAGAUCGUCAUCAACGGCGAAUUAGCGGACGACCCCGUCAUCUUUCGUCCUCUUGUUCUCCCCUAUGAACUAAGAGGGAACGAUUGUUCGUCACGAACCAGAGUUCUCUCGUCGAGUAUUUCUCAUAUUCUACCUUCUAGUAUUUCUCGGGGUGUAUAUCGAAUGCGAUCGUGAACGAUCGGCGCCGCAGAUCGAUUUCGAUCUCCCUUAUCUUGUGCCCCUUGAUCAUCGUCACGUGAAUCCUGAACGCGGACAGAAGUGUUCUCGUUUUCGCGUGUGUAAUUUCGCAAUCGGCAAACCGAUCUCUGUGUCAUAAGAUUACUAGCACGAUCGUGAGGUCUCGAUCGUGUUGGGGGGUUUCCAAGAUUUUCGUUACGAGUGUGAUAAACAGUGGUGAUACAGUGGUAGUGCAUUACGUGACGAUCUGCACGCGUCGAUCUUUCGCGAGAGGAUCAUUCCGCGCGUGGCGGCGAUCCCGGAAGGACACGCGACACUCAGAAAGACAUCGGUAGGACGAGUCUGAAGGGAACCCACGGAGAAAGAGGAAGAGAGAAGGAAACCCGUUAAAGGCGGUGCGAGGUAACGCGUGUCGUGGCUCUCGUCGAUUGAUAGCGACCGGGAGAGAACGAGCGAGAACGAGAGCGAGGGAGAGAGAAGGAAACAAGGACGGAGCGAGGCCGUCGAAAGUAACCGGUAGCGUCAACUUGCAUACCGCGACCAAACUGUUUACAGAGGAUCAGUCGUUUGCCGAUCAUCGAGGGCCCGGUCGUCGUCGUUCGCGGUCGAUUCCGAUCAACCUCGCUGCCAGGAUCAUUCGCAGUGUAUCGAGUAUCCUCGGCGGCAUCUGGGCCAAAGGACAGUAAAGACUGCUAUUUUUCGGUCGAUCGUUUGAGUUGUGGAACUCACGGAACUUUUGCUGACGAUCUAAUGCCAUCGCGUGAAUCGACGGUGCUCUCAUUUUCCAUCCGUGAUAUUCCAGGAUCGUUCCAGGGCUUAACAAUCAGCUGGACCAACAGCUAGGAUCGCGAGUCCGACGCAGUGCGUGCGCAGGACCGCAAUAAUGCGAGAGUACCGCAAGCGCGACAACGGUGCAUGGACGGUAACAGCAGCGGACCGUCAGCCGCGUCCUCCGUUUCCUGCAGCUCACGUUUCCACGGGGCACCGUCUUCAUAGGCGGAAGUGACCGGAAGUCGGCGGUGCACGGAGCUGUAAUGCCAGCUGGCAGCGCGCGCGACCUUCACCGAUAUCGCACUGACGAUAACGAUACCGAGCACAACGGAGACAACCAGGCUGCGAACCGAUCGGCGUGGAGGAAGAAAGCGAGGAGACUCGCGAGGGGAGGAAGAUCAAAAGCGCGACGAUCGGCGAGUCUACGGGAGACGAUCGUGACGCGGCUAAGGUGGACGACGACAAGGGUGGAGGGCAAAAGAAGAAGCGGAUGAGACCGUCAUGCCCGCUGAGGUUGACACGGGCGGGCAUAGGGUGCUGCACUGUGAUCCCCGUGCCGUUUGCUCGACUGCGACGCCGAUCCACGUGUCGACCGUCACUGAUGAACGCCGGGUCGGUCCCGACCGGGCUUCGUCCGCGAGGCAACUUAGAUUCGGCGAAAGAAAUGUACCGGGCAGGUCGAAGAGGAAAGCCCGGAGAGAUCGGCGACGAAGACUCGAGAUUUGCGCGGGAAGAUCGGAAUCGUCAGAUCACCGGAGCGAGAACUCUCUUGCCGAUUUCGAUCCAACCUCGCCCGCGAGAGUUCCAAGGAUCGGCGAGGAGGAACCGAUUCUAACCGCGAGUAACACAGAAUUCUCGGCAAAGAAUUGCGUGGCAGCGCAGCCGCUACGUCGAGAACAAAGGGAGGCCGCACUUACGUGUCUCGUUUAUAGAGGGUCCUCGCGCACGAUCGAGGAUGUCUCCAAAGAGCGUCCAAGAGUCACGUGGGACUGCUGGGUGUACGCGAACGGCAAAUCCGAGCGAGCGGAAUCGCGACCACGCGAUGAAACUGCGGAAGGGACUCGGCUGGCGAUAGCAGAGAACUUCAUCACGGGGCGUCGAAGUCACCAGGAUCGAUUCUGCACGAAGUCUCCGUGGCCGUCGCGUUGCAGGUGGCAAGAUCUGGACGUGGAUCAUCCGAUCAGUCACGCGGCAGGAACGAGCGCGACAACGGAAGGAAGUAUUCUUCUCUCUAGUCACCACUCGCGAGUUCGCUCGAAAGAAAAAUUCCGCGAGGACGAUCGUAAGGACUACCGCGAGGACAUCGACGAGAGGAUCGCCGUUAACGCAGACACGCGGACGGAUGAGAACGCGCGAUCGAAUUAUUCGAGAGGACGACACGAUGGAAGACCGGAGGAGGUGCCGAUCGGGAGGAUCGACCAGGACUCCGCGAGGAGGACCAAGUGCGGGAGGAUACGCUCGUUCCUCCAGCUGGCCUUCCUCCUCUUCCUCAUCGCGUUCGGACGGUGCGGAUUGCUCAGCUCGUCGAGCGUGUUCAAGUUCAGUGCGAGACCGACCGCGAGCGGUUUAAGUGUCCUAGGGAUUGGCGCGAUCAUCGGUGCGGUGGGCGCGGCGCCGAGCGACCUGAUCAGCGACGCGGGUACUCGAGCUGAAAGAUCGGCCAAUCUCUCCCACAUUACCGGUGCCUCAAGGAAGAUACAGAUGUACAUCAAGAACCGGCACCUGCAGAUUCUGCCGGACGGCACGGUGAACGGCUCCAACGACGACUCCUCGGACUACACCAUUUUUCAAAGGACAUCGGUGUCGAGAGGUCAACUGAGGAUCCAAGGUGUAGCGACCUGCCUUUAUCUCUGUAUGGAUUCUUGUGGCCUACUUUAUGGCUCGCGCGAGUACACAGAAGACUGCGUCUUCAACGAGACGCUGGAGCAGCACAAUUACAACACGUACAGCUCGGUGCACUGGUCCACGGCGAAGAAGACACUGUACCUCGGCCUAAAUCGUCACGGCCAGCCGAGGAGGGUGCAAACCAAAGGUCACAAUCUGGGUAGGCUGUCAGCUUAUGCGCGGGUGCUGACGCAGGUGGCUCCCACUGAUCGAGUGGAGUCCCUGCAGAGGCGGAUGAUGGGGGCUCAGCACAACGUGCGUCAUCGGCAUCACAGCCGCCACAGUCGUCACCGUCAGAAUAACAACGGAAGCGACGUGGCGCAACAAACGGUCUGUCCCACGUUGCCAGCCCAAGAGAAAGACGGCAGAGACCGGUUCAGGUGCCGCAAGCGAAAGAAGAGAAAGAAGCGGAAGCGACGGUGCAGACCGAGCGAACGGCCCGGUCCCCAGUGCCAGGUCGCCGAGGAGUCCGUCGCGCGUGCAGUCGCGUCCGCGGUGACGGACGUCGUGGACGAGAUCAGCAGCACGAACGGCACGACGCUGGAAUCCAAGAGGUCCUGCGAGGGGGCGGCCAGCGAGGAGGCCUGUCGGCGUCAGGCUCUCUCGGUACCGGCGAAGAAGCGGAAGUCGCGGGUAGGCGACGAUGAAGAGGACGGCAGCGGCAGCAGGAAUCCCACGUUCAACGGUAAGAACAAACCACCAACAUCAAACGCGAAAAAGCCAAACGUCAGCGUCGCCAAUAGUCAAAGUAAAAAGCCUGAUUUGACGGAUGGGAAGAAGAGGAAGAGGAAGGGUCCGCCGCAGACGAGCCAGGGGAGCGCGGGGGCCCCAUCCCGGGAGCGAUUCGCGUCUGGCACGAUACCGUCCCGGGUCCUUUUGCCGCAAACGGCGCCCGACAACGAGGAGCAGCGUGCCUCGACAGCCUCGUCGUCCUCCUCGUCACCGUCUCCUCCUGGUGCGUCAACCGCUCUCUCCUCCGUCAGAAGGCAGGGCUCGGCGCUCGGCCGCAGGAAGACUCCGCCGUCCUCGAGGAACCACGUCGCGAGACCGGCGGGCUCGCGUAGGGUAGGAAAGUUAUCCGGGAGCGUCGCGGGUUCACCGGGUCGACCGAGGUCGACGCCGGCGACGUCGGUAAUGCCGAGGAGCGGGCUGGCGCGUCCAUCGUCUACCACCCGAGUUCCUGAGACCACUCGCGAAUAUAACGCAUCUCCCGUUUCUCAAUCCUCGCUCGUUGUCACGUCCUCAUCCUCGCCCUGCUGGGAUUUCGUUGAGAGUUCCCAUAAAUCCAUGUUGGAGAACUCGUCGCUCGUCGACGAGGAACCGUUCUCGACCGUCGCGAGCGAUUUCACGACCGGCACGACGGAAUCCAUAGUCACGGGCGAGGUCAUCGUGGAGGUGACACCGUUCAGGCCGGAUGAGGAAGAUGGUGAGGACGUUGGCUCGGGCACGACCGACACGACCCCGCGGAUGAUAAUGGGGUUUCCUUUAGAGAGACUGGCGAUGUGACGCGAACAGUCGCAGGAUGAUUUGUGCGCGAUGCUAUUGUAAACUUACGUGUACAUAGGAAUCAUUCUACGAUUCACUCCAUACUCAUGUACGACGAGCGCGCGGCGCACGAUCCAUGUCGCGCCGAAAUUUUGAUACUCGCGGUAUAAGGGGGACCGACAUGGCUACGGUUACGGUGAAAUCUUGAUUAAGUCGCAUGGCUUUUAAAACAUUAAAAAAAGAUAAUUAAACUUGUAUAAAUUUAUAUUCUUUGUAAAAAGAGCCGAAAUAUUCGAGAGCGAAUCGAUUCGACUAUGAAGAUCAUGUUUUCUGUUAGCGUAGUUAGAUCUUGUGCUUAAUAGAAUCAUGUACGUGUCACUCAAAAUUUGUUUUCGAUAGCACGCUUAAAAGAUUCAGUCGCCUCGCAUUUAAAGUGCGAUAAAAAAACGAAAGAUAUCUCCGUAUCGCUAAGCUUAAGGAUGCCUAACGGUAAUAAAUUGCGUUCACCGAAAUCGUUUCAGCAUCGGCUCCCGACGGUGAAAGAGACGCGGUUCGUGUCGAGAGUCGGUGGACACUGGCAAAAGUGAGGAGUGUUCGACCAGUGCUUGAUAAGAGCGUGUCGGUCAAGCAAAUGUUUCUUCUACUCAUAAGUAAAAACACAAAUAGUAAUUGGUAGUAGAGCACGAAAUGUGAUUUUAAUCUCAAAAUACUUCCCAGUCGCAAAACAAGUCAUAGGAUUCGUAGCAAACAAGCUAAUUGCUAGUUGCAUAUCUCUUAGCUAACAUCAUGACGACCUAAUCUUUAUCGCCAUAUGGGAUGUUAGAGCGAAUAACUCUCUGAGAGGCUCCAUUAGAAGGUGGUAAGUCGGCGUGUCAUGUAUCGAUGUGAUUCUGAACUCGGACACACUUUGGUUCGCAAAUUCUUUGAAAUUAAUAUACUUCCUUACUGAAAUUUGAUUUCAAAGAAUUUGCGGCUAGUUUAUAGAAUUCAGAGAAUAUUUUACACGUCUUUAAGGAUAUUCCUCGAUAUAUAAUUGAGUCAUUUAUUUUGAAAGCGAUGUACAUGGCCUAACCAUUUAAAGAAAAGAAUUAUUUUAAUCGACGCGAAGAAAAGAAUUAUUUUAAAUUUAUAUGACAUAACUUUCCAAGUGAAUGGCUCAAUCUAAUAAUAAUAAUCGAUAAAAUAUCGAUAAAAUGUCAUUCGUUUCAAUAUCAACGGUACGCCUUCGGUGCACAGAACGACAACAGUAAACCUUUAUUAACAUCGACGGACGUUAACAUCUAUUUCCAACGUAAGAAACAAUAGGUACGUAUUCCUAUCGCACAUUUAACGAUAAAACUGUCUGCGUUACAUUAAAUUAAAUAUAACAUCAGAUAGAAAAGAGAAUAAGAAAUUUAAAAAAAUAAACAAAAAAUAAAAUGUAUUAAUAUCUGCAAACUAGAAUAACAUCUACAAACUAAAUUAAAGUAUACCUAGUUAAGAUGGUUGUUUCAAAUUACUUUACGCAAAACAGUUAUUAAGCAAAAUUAUCACUAUCUUCCUCUCUUCUUAUUGAUUCGACACGAACCGCUCUCAUCUCGCCGUAAGAUAUCGACGUAGGACAACUUCUUGUAUAUUGCUGGCGAGCUCUUCGCCCUAACUAGCGCGAUUAGCGUUUAAGCGUUUAAGGAAUUAAUGAUAGUAUUUUAACGAGCGCAGGAGACAAGACAAUAAGCGACGCGAAAAGAGGGAAUGGCGAUGAAAUCAAUUCGAUCGGCGGUCACGAAAUGCUCACGAGAUAACAGAAAUCCUGGAAAUUGAUCCGCUCACGGAGACGAUCUAUCCAGUACAGGCUUAAAGUUUAUCUGGAUCUGGAUAGGUGCAUCUGUAUAGGGAAAAAGAAGAAAAAUCCUAAACCUCGCUGCGAUUCUUUUUCUCCCUUUCUCUCUCUCUCUUUCUCUUUUUUGUAGAAGUGACCUAUUAAUAUAGUAGCAUAUUUAUUAAAGACUUAUUUAUUAUAAACAGUUGACUCUCCGUGUACAUAGGUCUACGAUCAUUACUCAUCAAUCAUUGCGCAUCAAUCAUGUGGUUUGUGUACGUUGUGUCUGUCCUGUAAGUAUACGAGUCCGUUGAAAGUACUCGACACCGCUCUACCCCGAGAAAACUAUUAAUCCGGUAGAGAGAAAACGUAUUUUGGAGGCGACGGUGAGAGGAAACGCAUUUCGGAAUAAAUACGAAACGUCGAUCUUGCGCGAUCUGAAUUUUUUAAGAAAUAAAUGAAGGUUUCAUUGUUUUCGCAAUAAUAUGAAAGAUUCAACACAAACGUUUCAUUUAAAUUCAAUACUGCUUGUUACAGAUGGACGUUCGCAACUAUCGCCGUGAUUUGUAGACAUUUUACGAAACAGUUGUUUCCCAUGCACGACUGAGCUCGUUAUGUCAUACAUUUGAUAACAGUUACUGGCAAAGUGAGUUACUGCUUCCGCCGGAACUGAAAUUGGACCGCUCCGCGAAAGUGGACAGUGUUGUCCACUUUAAAUUCAGCGUACUGCACGUAUACAGGGUGUACAACAAGUUAUACCGCGAACUCUCCUUCGCGGAAACACGAAGAAAAUAAGAGAUACUUGUAAUUUUUCUCGCAUCACUCUUUCUGUCAAAAGUGUGUCAGCUGCGAUUCUCGACAAGAUUAUUACGAAGAAUAUUUCGGGGAACCGCACGCAAAGCGAGUUGUACUUAUAUUGACGACAUUUUCGAGAACUAAUUUAUGCGUUUGAAAUUUAAAAAAAUCGUGAAUAGAACGGAAGAGUACAAUCAUCGGCGAAACAAUCGUCUGGCUGUUACACCCUGUACAAUAAUGGCAGCGGACUCUUCGGCUCAGUGGCUAUGAGAUUAAAUUCCGCGGAAACAGGUACUUCCGUAACGUAACAUGCGACGUAACAUGCACAUUUUCCGCGCCCGUUACAUUUUAUUACAUUUGACGAAUUUUUGCGACAACGAGACGCCUUCUCUCGUCGUCGUCUCUCCGACGAGACGUGAUUGCUGAUAUUCUCAAUGGAUUUUGAAUUGUCUCGAUGAAAUAAAUGUAUGUGUGCUUGAUAAACGAGAUAACGAGCGAUUCGAGACGGAAUUAAGGACAACAAAUGAUUUAUGAGUUAGUCUUUGCAGAUUGUAUGACUCUAACGAGCAGGCAACGCUUGUAAAAUUUGAAAAGAUUUGCAGGUGCAUGCGCGAAUGUGAUGCUUACCGAGGCAGCUAAUUGUAGAGCGAUUAACGACGCGAAGAACGCGAUAAUUAGCUACGGAAGAACGCCCGAAGUUGCAGCAAAUUGCAAUUUCUGGUGCUGUUCUCCAUGUUACGCUUCUAGAUUAGUUCGAGAGAUGGAAACGACGACCAAAAAACACGCUCUUGUAACCGCGAGCAUCCAGCUACCGCUCAUGUCGUUUAGAUUCCACAAAUUUUGGGCUCUUCUACUAAAGUAACAAAAGAAAGGCUCCACUUCCCAUCCUUCAUCGAGCAUCUUCGAGAGACAGCCUGCACAUGACGCAAGGAAGAGAAUUGAAGAGUGAUCCCGGCAUUCAGCACGUCUAAGAGUCUGCUCAGGUCGGGAAAUCGAAACUGGGAAUUUCGUGAAGUUAUCGAGGGAGAUCGUGUUACGCGGGAUAAUUAAUGCAGCGAGUCGUUAAUAAGAAAGUGAUACAUAGGCAUGAUCGCAUCGCCGGCACAAUUCCGGAUUCCGAAGGCCGAGGCGGAACCGGUCCUAGCACUGCCAUUUCUGGGACGUAUUCGAUCCACGUAGACUGAAGCAAAAGAUCGUAGACGCGUAUUUUAUCGUCGACCACGAUGAUGACGAGCGAGAGAAUCUCAUCGAGAUCUCAUCCGCGGGUACUUAAACGCGAGGGGAAACUGGUACCACGAACGAGAUACUCACAAUGACGCCCGUCCGCGGGACAAUCUGUCCUCUCUUAACCAAAAUGCCGCCAUUUUCGAUGCUACCUUGUGAUAAUAAUCUCAUCGAUCCUUCUUCCUCUUCCGUUUCCCAUUCCCGGGAGGUACACUUCCCAUCGUCUUCGCGAGAGAGGAUAAGGAGAAGGAGAGAGAGAGAAGGGAGUGACGAACGACGAAAAUCGGUAUUAUUAAUCUUGCUGCAGCAGUUUUUCGGUUGAAACUCGUGUGCAUCUCGCUCGCCCAUCUUCUUUCUCUCUUUCUCUCGCUUCUUAUUUAGAUACAAAAUCCCACCAUAUCUCGUCGCCAUAUAAUUUUUAGAAGUAAUAAAAGAAAUAUUAUUGAAUAUAAA